CUUCAGAGACGCUCGUACUACGGUCACGUCACUGACUCCAAGAUGGCUCCUCAGUUGGAUCCCUUUUUCAAGAAGGUGGAUGAGCUCAAGCAGCCCUUCAUUGAGCGCUUGAGAGAGGCGGUUGCUAUUCAGUCUGUCUCGGCACAGGCGGAGAGCCGGCCUGAGGUUGUCAGGAUGGGUCACUGGAUCGCCGACCAGCUCAAGACUCUCGGUGCAGAGGUCGAGCUGCGAGAGCUCGGCAAGGAGCCUGGCAGAGAGCACCUCGACCUGCCUCCAGUGGUGCUAGCCCGCUACGGCAGCGACCCCAAGAAGCGCACCGUCCUGGUCUACGGCCACUACGACGUCCAGCCCGCGCAGAAGGAGGACGGCUGGGCCACAGAGCCCUUCGACCUCACCGUCGACGAGCAGGGCCGCAUGUUCGGCCGUGGCAGCACCGACGACAAGGGACCCGUCCUCGGCUGGAUCAACAUCAUUGACGCCCACAAGCAGGCCGGCGUCGACUUCCCCGUCAACUUGCUCUGCUGCUUCGAAGGAAUG